UCUUACGCUCCAAACCGGAGCAGGUUUUUCAACAGUGACUAAAACGAAAGGGUCUAGUAUUGAAAGUGCCUUGCGGUUUUGAGAUCGCACCGAAGUUUAACUGUAAGUGAAUAAGUUGCAUCAAAUGAAAGAAAACUGCUGUGCUGUUCUGUGCUCUGUGGUGUCAGCUAUAUAGUUAAAAUAGGCUAGUUUAUUUUGGCCAUCCAAAUGUUUACCAUAAUAUUAUAGGCCUACGGAUAAAUGAAUUUGAAAAGUUUACUUAUUUGGAAUUUCAUUUACGAAAUUCAUUGAUACUAUAUGGCCUAUAAAUCCAUUGAUUUCCUAGGAGAAGUUAAGAGAAGAGAGAACACAAUGGGACCAGGAUUUCUUCGCGGAGUUUUCUUUCCCUUAAUCCUUAUUUUGGCGUUAGUCUACUCGUCAUAUAUCUGUUUUUCUACAAAUCUUAUCCAGCAGAGGUGAAAAUGAAUGUUAGUCAAAUGGACAAUUCGAUUAAAAACAGCGAACACCAACCAAAUUCUGGCGAAAUACAUCAGAAUUUGGCACAAGUAAUUAGCGGCUUAUGGUCAAUUUAUAUCUAUCUUUGUAUGCCAUGGUAAUAGUUCUGAAUUCAAUCGUUGACUUUUUGAACACUAUAGCCGUUGACGAUGACAAAAUACAACUUGAUUGAGGACACUUAUGGAGACAACUGGGCCAAGACGUCAGCAGAUAAAUAUUUGGAUUCGUCCUUUUGCACAAUAGAAUACGCCAACGAAAAGAAACUGCAACAAGACCAUCCGUGUUUGAUCCAACUCAUCCGAGACAAAUACCUGCUCCAGCCAGCAUCUAAAGAACUUCCUUACGUGCUGAAUCAUCCCGAAACAAUCGAUCCUUCCAAUGGCCAAGCCAAUGACAUUAGGGAAAUUUUGAAAAAUAAAACCAAGGGCUUUUUCGCUGAGAGUGGCGGAUUCAACGGCGAAUUCCUCUCCAACACCUUCUUCAUGGAGCGCUAUCUCGAUUGGAAUGGAUUGCUCAUAGAAGCCGAUCAAAAAUCUUUUAGUAAGCUGCUUUCUCGCAAUCGAAAGGCUUUCAGUUUGCCCAACUGCAUCAGCACCAAACCUUACCCGAUCAAAGUUCUAUUCAACGGCCCUAACAAUGCUGGGGGUUUAAUCGUUGAAACAUUAGAAGCAAAUAAUAAUACGAGUAAAAGCAGAGAUGAAGAUAAUAACGAUAGCGUCUACACUGUUCAGUGUUUCCCGUUCUAUUCAAUCCUACUGGCCGUUGGCAGAACUGACGUCGACUAUUUUGGACUGGACGUCGAAGGAUCCGAGUACAAAAUCCUGGAAACCAUUCCUUGGCAUAAAGUCAACAUCAAGACGAUGACGGUGGAGUGGAAUCACAUUCCAGAGGGGGAGCCUGCUUUAACUCGUCUGAUGGAGAGCAACAAUUAUAAAAAGUUUCGCAUGAUUUCAUUAAAUUAUAGCAGGGAAGUCAUUUACGUCCACGAAUCGGUCGUUGUCCGCAAAUGAAAGAAAGUAUAAAAUAUACCUACACCUUCUUAUACAGAAUGACGCAAUAUGCUUGAGAAAUAAAAUCCAGACAAUAUUUG